AUGUGCCGCGCUUUGAGGAAUCAGACUUUUUCCUUGGCGUGGACAGCCAUUGCCUUUGUGCUCCUGGCCGAGACGACCUCAGCAAUAUACGUCACCGGUUUCUGGGGCUCCACAAACUGUCCCGCAGACUCAGCGCCGGUCUUCUCAUCCUCUGACUGCAGAGACGCCGCAAUAGCUCUUGGAAACAGUUACCAUGGCAAUUACAACACCCCAAAUUUUCCAAGUGGUUGCUUUCAAUGGUCGACGGUUUAUGGCGACAGAGUUUACCUCAACAACAUUGCAGGAGGGCAAGGCGUAUGGAAUACAAGGAUGAUUUGCCAGGUUGACGCUGGUGCCGAAAACACCACGACUGUAUCCUACUCGCAGCAGUUCAUAGUUCACACAACGAACUUGACAAUCUGUCCUGCAGACACAAGGCCGGUUCUCACAGUACUCGGCUGCGAAAGAGCCGCGACGUCUAUUGGUUUCCCGUCGUUCGUCUACACUGAAGACUCACCUGCUUUUCCGAACGGUUGUUAUCUGUACUCGAAUCAGACUUUUGCAGCCUUUUACUUCAAUGUCAAUGCAGGACAAGGCGAGGAGUCGUCGCAGAUCGUUUGCCAGCUAUCUGGUAAUGCAACGACCUCGACUACAACUUACUUCGGGCAGGGCACUACGACUACGUCGACCACGACGACAUCCUCCGGCCCGACUACGACGACUACGACCACAUCCUCCGGCCCGCCUGGUUUUUUGCUCCAGACAGGCAGCGUGACGUUCUGUCCUGCAAACUCAGUGCGGGUUCUCACGGAAUCCGAAUGCAGAGUAGCUGCAGCAGCCCUUGGUUUCACGUUCGCGUAUGCAACGACGUCUGAUUUUUUUCCGCGUGGUUGCUUUAGGUGGUUGACAACUGACAGUGUUAUGUUCAACUAUCAUCUACAAGGACAAACCAGCUUCGAUACCAUGAUCGUUUGCAAGAUUCCCACUCCCACGGCAACAUCUUCUGGGCAGGACAAUGCCAGCCUUGUCCCAAUUUUGAGCAUUGUCGGAGUCCCGGCCCUGCUCUUAUCAUUGUUGAUCGUGUGGAAGAUGUGCUUCCGUCAAGCCACGAAGACACAGCCGGACUCGGCAGGUGGACCGGUGGCCGUGGUCAUCAGUGGCAAAGCGGCAUUGCGCUCGGACAGUAAGGAGCUGGUGGAUCCGCUGAACGAGAUGGCGAUGACAAACCUUCCAAAGUACUGGACUGGAUGCCGGGAGAGCGGAAACGAUGAAGUCAACGUCAGGGAUGACUUGGGUUUCCACGAGCUUAUGUAUGUUAAGCACGAGCACAUGGAAUUCUUCCAGAAGCUGGUAAACCAUACGUACCGCAAGAUAACGACUCAAGAUCGUCUAUGUCCGACGGGCAAGCACGACAAGACCAAGGGUGGAUGCCCCUGUGUGCAGCCUGGUGGUGAUCCUGGCCUGCCUACAGGCUACCAGAUCAGGCGCGUCAUCCGCGUGGAAGACUCUGCAAUGUUCUCUCGCUACAUCGAUAGACGGGACCAGAUCAAAAGGUCGCGUUCGUCUUGUGAAGCUCCGGACCCUGAGAUUUUCACACGUGCUGCCAUGGAAGCCUCCAAUGGGUUGGCUGGAGUCCUGUGCGAUGUGGAUGACGGCAUCAACGAGGUUUACCUGUGGCACGGAACGCAAGUUCGAACCGGUCUGGCGAUAGCUCAAGAUGAUUUCAGCCUCAAUUUUGCCGGCUCGGGCGCUGGCACGAUGUAUGGGAAGGGAUUGUACUUCUCGGAAAGCUGCACCAAGGCCGACGAGUAUGCCUUGGAUGAGCCAGGUGGUCACUACGACGGCGUGAGGGGCUUGCUCUUGUGCCGCGUCUGCUUAGGCAGCUUCUACUACACCUUGGACCGCGAGCCGUCUGCCAUUGACAAGUACAAGAAUGGCGAGUGUGACAGCACAAUCGGCGACCGCGCGAAAGCCGCAAACACUUACCGAGAGAUGGUCGUCUACGAUCGCGACCAGGUCUAUCCAGAAUACUUGGUCCUCUACGAGCGCCUGCACAGGGGUGAGGCACCCCAGCUGCCACCGAAGGAUGUGCCGUUCUUGCUGGAGCUGCCGCUUUAUUGGAGGAAUGUCGGCCGCAAUCCGUACACGGAGGGCUUCCGAGAACAUUGGGUGGUGAAGCCAAUGAUUCGUGAGCUCAUUCAACGCUUGGCCAAUGGUUCAUAUGGGCGCAACGGAGCAGCUCCUAAGGUGGUCCACGCCAGGCGCAUCGAGGACUCAUUCCUUUGGUGUCGCUACAUCGACUGCAAGCGAGCUUUAGGCGCACGGCUCCGGGCCAACGGCGAUCUCAAGUGUGUACCUCCAAACGAGCUGGACGGAAAUCCGGAAUCCGGCCACGCGUUGACAGCGACGAUCUUAUCAGAGUUCCACGGCGACGAAGCCAUCUCUGUAGAGAAUAUGGCGCCAGGCUUGAACGAGACACUUCUUUGGCAUGGCACCUCGCAGCAGGCAGCGGACGCCAUCGCUGAUAUAGGCUUCGAGAUCAAGAAGAGCGGCACGCACGGUCGUCGUUUUGGCCAUGGGGUCUACCUCGCAGAGGACUUGAGCAAAAGCCUCAGCUAUUGCACUUCCAGUGGCAACGUGAAAUAUGUGUUACUCUGUCGGGCAGUCUGUGGCCACAUGCACUACACCGAGGAGAAGUCGCAUCCGGAUGCAACGAACGAAGCUGCAAAACUGGGCAAGCACUGCGUAUUGGCGAAUCCAGAACGUUCAGGCCCCAGAGAGUAUAUCGUCUUGGAGACGGGACACGUGUAUCCGGAGUACAUCGUCGAGUUUGAAGACUGA